GCAGACUCGCUCGCUCUCCUGCCGCGGCGGCUUCCCCCGCCCCCGCGAGCCCAUGGGCCUGGCCGGGGCCUGCUGCGCCCCCGCCCCAUGUCCAGCCUGCAGCGCCCCAUGGCUGCUCCGGCCCAGGCCCCGCCGGGCUCGCUGAGCGCCGAGCAGGCCAAAGUGGUCCUGGCCGAGGUCAUCAAGGCCUUCGGCUCCCCGGAGAACGCCCAGCGCAUGGAGGAGGCCCGGGAUAACGCCUGCAAUGAUAUGGGCAAGAUGCUGCAGUUCCUGCUGCCCGUGGCCACCCAGAUCCAGCAGGAUGUGAUUAAAGCCUAUGGCUUCAGUAAUGAUGGAGAAGGGGUCCUGAAAUUUGCCAGACUGAUAAAAUCUUAUGAGUCCCAGGACCCAGAGAUUGCAAACAUGUCCGGGAAGCUAAAAGCCAUGUUCCUGCCUCCAAUGACACUGCCUCCACAUGGGGCUGGGGCAGGGGGUGUGGCUGCCUCCUGAAACUGGGACCUUCUGCUGGCCUUCCUGGUCAAGGUCAGGAUGUGAGAAUUUUUGGCUAGUAUUCCAGGACUGCUCUCCACCAUUACCAUCAGUAUGCUGCAAUUGGUCAGAAGAGCCACCUACUUCCUGGAAGCUCUGCAGCAACUGGCUUCUUUGUACAUCUUUGGUUUUUGUGCUUGUGAAUAAAAGCUGCUUUGAAAAUGUCA